AUGGCUUUUACAAGUAUAUUUCAUGUUAAGGGUUUUUUUGUAAGUGACAAUGGGAUGAAGUAUGUGGGUGGCGCUACUCAUGCAAUGGAUGGUCUAGACAAAGAUAGGUGGUCUUUUUUUGAGAUUCAAGGAACUGUGAAAGAGUUGGACACAACUGCUGGAGAAUUUAAAAUGUGGUGGAAACCUACAACUAUAUCACUAGAUUCUGGUUUGUUCAAGGUUGGUGAUGAUGAAGAUGCUUCCAAAAUAUCAAAGUAUGCUACUGAUCACAAUGCUCCAGUUGAAAUAUAUGUGGAGUAUGUAAAUGAAGCUAAUGCAAAUGCAAGUUAUCCUGUGUGUUUGGACAAUGACAGUGUGAGAAAAGACAAAGGCAAGGGUGUGGCUAUUCCUACUGAUGAGUCUGGUUCUGAUGAUGAUUAUUGUGAAAGUGAGCAUUCAGAUUUGGAUGUAAGCAUUGAAGACAGUGAAGAAGAGAGGGACUUAGGGUUAGAUGAUGGAUUUGAAGAAGAGCUGGUUGAGUUUGCUGGUGAAGGAACUUCUCAAGUUAGACAACCUAAUGAUGUUGAUGAUAGUAAUGCUCCACAUGAUGGUGAUGGUGCUGAUGAACUUAAUGAGGCUGAAGAUGAUUAUGUGUCAGAAGAUCUUGAUAGUGCGAGUGAUUCUGGUGGUGAUGGAUGUGCUGAACUUAAGCCAAGAUAUCCCAAGUUUAGAAGUGAAGAUCUUACUAAAACAUUUAAGUUCACUGUGGGCAUGGAAUUCUCUUCACUGAAACAGUUCAAAGAUGCAAUUCUUGAACACAAUGUGUUGAAUGGAAAGCAGGUAAAGUUUAGGAAAAAUGAUGCAGAUAGGGUUAGGGUGGUUUGUAAGUCUUUUGACACAUGUGGUUACACUGCGUUGGUUAGUAGAGUUGUUAGGAGUCACACUUUUAGGGUUAAGACACUUGUACCAAAACACACAUGUGGGAGAGUCUUUGAUAACAAGAAUGCUAAGUCUGAGUGGGUAGCUAAGGUUAUCUUUGAUAGGAUGAAAUGCUCUAAAGGGAUGCAGAUUAAUGAUGUUGUUACUGAAGUUAGAACCAAGUAUUCAACUGGCAUAACAUUUUCAACAGCUUUUAAAGCUAGACAAAUAGCUAGAAAGCUUGUGGAUGGUGAUAGUGUCAAGCAGUAUGCAUUGUUGUGGUCCUAUAGUGAGGAAUUAAAAAGAGCAUGUCGUGGAAAUAAUUGUAAGUUGCACAUUGAAAGGCCUGCCCCUACGUUGGAGCCUAGGUUUGGAAGGUUUUACUUAUGCCUCGAUGGUUGCAAGAAGGCUUUGAAAAUUGCUUGUAGGCCAUUCAUUGGUGUAGAUGGUUGUCAUUUGAAGAAUAAAUAUGGUGGACAGCUACUAAUUGCAGUGGGAAGAGACCCUAAUGAUCAAUACCUGCCAAUUGCUUUUGCAGUGGUUGAGACUGAAAGUAAAGAAACAUGGAGGUGGUUUUUAACAAACCUACUUGAUGAUAUUGGUGACAGUAGGUGGACAUUCAUAAGUGAUCAACAAAAGGGAUUGAUCCAGACUUUUGAUGAGAUACUUGGUGGUCUAGAACACAGAUUCUAUCUUAGACAUCUCUAUGCAAAUUUUAAAAAGAAGUUUGGUGGUGGGACCCUUAUAAGAGACCUCAUGAUGGCUGCAGCUAAGGCUACAUAUGUGGAGGCAUGGGAGGAGAAGAUGCAACAGAUCAAGAAUAUUAGUGAACCUGCUUAUGAAUGGCUGAUGAAUAUCCCUAAGAAAGGUUGGUGCAAACAUGCCUUUUCAUAUCAUACAAAGUGUGAUGUGCUGAUAAAUAACCUUAGUGAGAGUUUUAAUGCAACAAUUUUAUUGCAAAGGGAAAAGCCAAUUAUAACUAUGUUUGAGUGGAUUAGGACAUACUUAAUGGGUAGAUUUGCAAAGCUUAAGGAGAAAUCUGAAAAAUAUAGAGGGACUAUAAUGCCUAAACCUAAGAAGAGACUUGACUGGGAGAUUGAAAAAAGUGGAAACUGGUUUGCUACUUGGGUAGGGGGGUUGAAAUUUGAAGUUACACAUUCACUUUUUCUUGAUAAGUUUGUGGUAGACUUAGGAAAAAGAAGCUGUUCAUGUAACUCUUGGGACUUGGUGGGAAUCCCCUGCAGGCAUGCAGUUGCAGCCAUUAAUAUGAAGGGUGAUGAUCCUAUUACAUAUGUGAAUAGGUGUUACACCAAGGUUUGUUACCAAGACUGCUAUGAUCAAAUUAUUUCACCAAUUAAUGGUCAGAAUAAGUGGCCUAAGACAAACUACCCAGAAGUUUUACCCCCUCAAUUCAAACGUGGCCCUGGGAGACCCAAGAAGUUAAGGAGAAGAGAACCUGAUGAAGAAAGGAUGGAAAAUGGUAAGUGGUCAAGAGCACAUACCACAACUAGGUGUAAGAGAUGCUUGAAAGUUGGACAUAACAAGAGAACCUGUAAGGCAGUUCUUCCUACUGUUGAUGAUGCUGCAGUAAGCAUUGAUGAGGUUCAACCUCUGCCUACCCAGUCAAGCCAGCCAACUGUUGCAGCACCUGCUCAGUCAAGCCAGCCAAUUGUUGUUGCAUCUACACAGAUAAGCCAGGCCCCUGUUGCUGCACCUAAGAAAAGAGGGAGACCUUGUAAGAAAGUAGUUGAUGGUCAGUCUAGUGGUGUUGUGAAAAGGAAACAACAAGCUGCUACCAAGAAAAGAAAAGUUGUUGCUGAUAACUCUGCUAAAUCUGUGGGGACUAAUAAUGUGUCUGGUCAUAAUGAAGCUGAAACCAUAUUCCAAACAUUGAAAGCCUUACCACCAAAUGUGUUUGAAGAGACAAUGAAGCAAUUGGUAGUCGGGCUCGCGAAAUGGCAUAAUGAAGUGGGAGAGAAAACACCAAAGCCAGAAGAAGAUGCAUGA